UCCUACCCGAAAUCUAUCUAUUUUGAGGUUAGAAAAAAAGAAAUAGUCUGAGGAUCCUACAAACAACCAAAUAGAAUAACUAGAAACGUGUGUUAAGUUCAUUUAUUAUUUCCGUUUAUUAAUAUUUACAAAGAUGGCAUCCGGUUCAGGCACUCAACAAAUCGAUUUAAACAAACUACCUUUGCCUCAACUAGCUCAAUUGAAACAGCAGUUAGACCAGGAAUUGACAGUAUUUCAUGAUUCAAUACAAACAUUACAAAUGGCUAAAAAUAAGUUUGGUGAAUCAGGAGAUGUUUUAGAGAAGAUGACGCCUGAUAUCAAAGGAAAACCGAUGCUUGUUCCAUUGACUAGUUCAAUGUAUGUUCCUGGCACAAUAGCUGAUGUUGAGAAUGUCAUUAUUGACAUUGGCACUGGAUAUUACGCUAAGAAAGACAUUGAAAGUGGCAAAGAUUACUUCAAGAGAAGAGUAGAAUUUGUUACAGAACAAAUGGAGAAAAUAAGUAUGUUAGGUGCAGAGAAAUCGAAACUCCGUGAAGCUGUUAAUGCAUUAGUUGAAAUGAAAGUUCAAAACGAACUACAAGCAAAAAAAGCUAACUCUUCAUAACAUAUCUGAGACUUAAUUUAAAAAAUAUUUUGUGGAGAGAUUCGUGUCCUUUUAAUGUAUAGAGUUGACUUAAAUUUUCUGCUUUGUUAAUUUAUAGUUUAUUUAAAGUAUUUUAAUUACUUUUUAAAACAUUUUAAUGAUUACAUCUUAGUGUUAAAAGUGGAAUCAUUUGUGUUUUGUUACCACGUAUCACCCUCUCCUAAUCAAAGUGGUUACUAUUGCUUCUGUACAUCAGUGAUUUCAGAGCAAAGCCAAGUUUCUGAAUGUAUUAACGUAAUCCCAACAGCUAUGACUUAUACUGAUAUUUUCUAAUAUAAAGCUAGAUAAUAUUAUUAAGCCACAUCAAAGCUUUUCCUCAGAUUUUCUUUAAUUUUGGAUAAAUUUUGAAACUAAUUACCUAAGGUAAUAUUUUGUGUUUAGAAUACUCUUCAAGAGUACUACUCAAUAGCAUCAAGUAAUCUUUAUAAUAUUCUUAAUUCAUCUUUUGUAAUUUUGUAAAGCUUUAUAUCAUUUCAAACUAUGUGUUUUACAAGUACAAGACUCAUUGCUUAGUUUUAAAUUUAAUUCAAUGUAACAAAU